AUGGAAUCAGCCCAGUACACGGAGGGCCCAUCGCCAUCUUCACACAACAACUCCAGACUUACACCGCACAACCCUCAACAACAAUCACGCCCUCGGCCCAAGUCUCAACCACCCAAGCAACGAAGGAGACCGUCGCGGCCACAGGGGUCAGAAUCAAAUAGGAGACCUGCGUCAGACGGUUCUGACCGUGACAGGGAGACUGAAGACGCCGAGGAGGGUGCUCCCAAUUCAAAGCCCAGCCACUCAGGCUCGGAGCAGUCUGCAUCAAGGCCUGCUAGGAGACGCCCAGCUGCCCCUCGGCCUGCGCCAGCACCAUCGACAGCGAUGCCUUCGGAAGAUGAGCAACUCGUCGACCCGGUACCGCUCCGGCCAGGCCAUUCGAACCGACGGGCCGCGCCUAGGAGAGUACCGCGCCUCGGCGAGAACAGCGCGUCUGCGCUGGCAUCUGACACCGACACCACGAGUAGCUCGUCUUCUUCUUCUUCAGCGUUCCCGCCGAUCCGGCGGCCUCCGGCGUGCCGUCGGCCACGGUCGGAUAUGAAUCUCUCAUUGAGAGCUCCGAUAACCGAGAUGCCCGAGGACGGGGGCGAGCUCCCUCCAGGCGGUCCCGACUUCUCUACACCUCGACCGCAGCGCGAGAAGAACCCGCGAGAAAUCUUACACGAAGGCGAGCGAGGCUUCAUUGUCGACCUCAGGCUCAAUCUGGAUGUCGAGGUCCAUAUCAAGGCGAAGCUCUCGGGUGACCUGACACUAUCAGUCUUGUAA